GACUAGAAUGGAGGACCAUUUGGAGGACUACAAAUUUGUAAGUCGCUUGGAUCACGUGAAGACCUUCAACGCCGCCAUCAAAUCAAUAUGCUUUAACGAUUAUGCCAUGCUUCAAGUCUCCGACGAGGGACUGCGCAUCACAGUGGAGCAGGGCAGGUCGAUCCAAGCCACUCUCUUUAUGCCCCCCGCUGCCUUCACGGAGUUCCAUGUGCAGGACUUUCAGAGCUUUGGCCUGAAAAUGAACGCCCUCUCGGAGUGUCUGAACCUAUUUGGGACGGCCGAUUGCAGCGUCCGGAUGCUGUACAAGGACCAGGGCGACCCCCUGAAGAUAAUUCUGUACCCGUACGACGACGAAGAUGUGAGCACAGAGUGCGCCAUCAAGACCAUGGACUCCGAGGAGCCCAUCGAGUACGAUUUGAACCUGAAGGACUCGGAUCUGAACACGAUUUUCGUGCGCGGUCCAAACUUGUCCAAGAUCUUCCAUGAACUGGAGAAGUCGGCGGAGGAAUUCGAGUUCAUCACUUCGCCCGAUCGGCCGUACUUCAAAAUUACCACCAUCGGCAUCAUGCAGGCGGUGUUCAGCGUUGAGGUGGCCAAGACCAGCCCCAUGAUGAUGAUGUUCAACUGCCCCCAGACUUUGGUGGCCCGAUACAAGAGCCAGCAGAUACGGCUCACGAACAAGGCCAUGCAGGCGGCCACAAAGGUGUCCAUCAAAACGAAUAACCUCGGCCUACUGGAGCUGCAUCUCGUGAUGCAGGGAGAGGGUCAGGAGGAAAUCUUUGUGCAGUUUUAUGUCGUGCCCUUGCUCAAUGGUAUCGACUAGAAUCGAUGAGCAGGAUAUGUAUACCUCUUCUUGGGUGUUCCUAAUGCCCAAACCUCCUUUAAAACAACAGUUUAUUAUGUCAGAGGUCGAAAUGCCACUCAGGAAUAGCAUACACUUAUAAUUAAGCUCAUUUUCAUAUUUAUUCAUAACUUAAGAUGUCCUUUAAGAGUAUUAUUUGAACAUUUCCUGUUCUACUCGUACUAUUACAUAAAAUAUAUUGGAAUUAUUGGCGUCCA